GUGUGUGAGGUACUUUUCUCUGUGGUAUCUGUUUUUCCUUCUGUGACUUUUGUGCCUGGACUGCUGCCGAGUGGCAGACCACCGACAAAAUGGCGAUGCAGCUUGAUUUAUCUCAAGCGUCUGUGAUGAAGGAUGAGCAGGGCCGGCCGUUCAUUGUCGUUCGAGACCAGGGCAGGAAGAAGAGGCAACACGGGACCGAGGCGGUGAAAUCGCACAUCGUUGCUGCGAAGACAGUAGCCAACAUCGUCAAGACAUCUCUGGGUCCGCGUGGUCUGGACAAGAUCUUGAUUUCCCCCGACGGCGACAUUACGGUGACGAACGAUGGUGCGACCAUUCUGUCCCAGAUGGAGAUUACGAACAACGUUGCCAAGCUUCUGGUCGAGCUGUCGAAGUCUCAGGACGAAGAGAUCGGUGAUGGAACCACCGGUGUUGUCGUCCUGGCGGCAGCCCUGUUGGAACAGGCGUCCGACCUGAUCGACAAGGGCAUCCAUCCCAUCCGGAUAGCGGAUGGAUACGACCAGGCCUGCGAGAUUGCCGUUGCCGAGCUGGAGAAGAUUUGCGAUGAGAUCAAGUUCAGCAAGGAUGAUACCUCGAAUCUGUUGAAGGUCGCCAAGACCAGCUUGGGCAGCAAGAUCGUGUCCAAGUCGCACGAUCAGUUUGCCCAGAUCGCCAUCGACGCUGUCAUGUCCGUCGCCGACAUUGAGCGGAAGGAUGUCGACUUUGAGCUGAUCAAGGUCGACGGCAAGGUCGGAGGCUCCCUCGAGGACUCUCUCCUGGUCAAGGGUGUCAUUGUCGACAAGGAUUUCUCCCACCCUCAGAUGCCCGAUGAGGUUCGGGACGCCAAGCUGGCCAUCCUGACCUGCCCGUUCGAGCCGCCGAAGCCGAAGACCAAGCACAAGCUGGACAUCACAUCGGUCGAGGAGUUCAAGCGCCUGCAAGCAUACGAGAGCGAGAAGUUCCAAGAGAUGAUCCAGCGCCUCAAGGAUUGCGGUGCAAACCUGGUCAUCUGCCAGUGGGGUUUCGAUGACGAAGCCAACCACCUGCUACUCCAGAACAAGCUGCCGGCAGUGCGAUGGGUCGGCGGUCCGGAGAUCGAGCUGAUUGCCAUCGCCACCAACGGGCGGAUCGUUCCUCGCUUCGAGGAACUCAGCCCGGAGAAGCUGGGUACGGCCGGGCGUGUGCGCGAGAUGACUUUUGGCACUACGAGAGAAAAGAUGCUCGUCAUCGAGGAGUGCGCGAACAGCCGCGCAGUGACGAUCUUUGUGCGAGGAAGCAACAAGAUGAUUAUCGAUGAGGCGAAGCGAUCGCUACAUGACGCUCUCUGCGUGGUUCGCAACCUGGUUCGCGAUAACCGGGUGGUUUACGGCGGUGGUGCUGCAGAAAUCGCCUGCUCUCUUGCCGUGGAAGACGCUGCCGUCAAGAGCCCUGGUAUCGAGCAGUACGCGAUGCGUGCCUUUGCGGACGCACUGGACGCUGUGCCCCUUGCUCUGGCAGAAAACUCUGGGCUGAGCCCGAUCGAGACUCUGGCGUCGAUCAAGUCUCGGCAGGUCAAGGAGAAGAACUCCAGACUGGGCGUCGACUGCAUGAUGACCGGAAACAAUGAUAUGAGGGAGCACCUUGCCAUCGACCCCUUGAUCGGGAAGCGCUCGCAACUGCUGCUCGCCACCCAGCUCUGUCGGAUGGUCCUGAAGAUCAACAACGUGAUCAUCUCCGGCGACGACGAUAGAGACUUUUAGACUCUGGUAGACGGGUGGAAUGGACAUUGAUCCGCAAUAGUACUCCAAAAUGAAAUAGACUCUGAAGAGGGCCAA